AUACCUGCUCUUUCAGCUGUCAGAAGACAUCACUGAAGAUGAGCUGAAGUCUUUCAAGUUUCUUUUGGGGAAAGAAUUACCAAAAUGCAGGCUAAACCCUAAAAUUACAAUGCUCGACGUUUUCAUUGAAAUGGAGAAGAAGGGGAUUUUGGGAGAAGACAACCUAAAUAUCCUGAAGAGUCUCUGUGCAGAAAUUAACACCAGCCUGUUGAAGAGAAUUGAAGAAUAUGAAUUAAACCUAUUUGGUGGAGAAGAAAUGCUCAUUACAGAGGAACAGAGGGGCAGUACUGGAGGCCCUGAAGCCCAUGCCAGAUGGCUGGCAUCCUCUGUGGCACUUGAUUCUCCUGGCAGUUGGAAAGAAUCUUCCCAGCUUGAAGCUUACAAAAUGACUAGCCGACCCCGUGGAGUGUGCCUGAUCCUGAAUAAUCACAAUUUUGCAAAAGCCAGGGAAGCAGUGCCAGAACCCAAAAACAUGAAGGAUCGGAAUGGGACAGAUGUGGAUGCAGCGGCUCUAAGAAAAGUCUUUAGCAAGCUUCAUUUUACAAUAGCAGAAUACAGAGACCUCACCGCAGAGGAAAUCCGUAAGACUGUGAACAUCUACCGGUGCGAAGACCACAAGGACAAAGACUGUUUUGUUUGCUGUAUCCUGUCUCAUGGGAAAAAAGGCAUUAUAUAUGGUGUGGAUGGGCAGGAAGUACCUAUCCAGGAUCUGACCACUUCUUUCACUGGAGAGAAUUGCCGCUCACUUGCUGGAAAACCAAAAGUCUUUUUUGUUCAGGCCUGCCAAGGUGAUGUUUGCCAGAAAGGUGUGACCAUCGAAACAGAUUCUGGAGAGCAAGAUUCUUCUGUAGAAAUAGAUGCAAGAUUUCAGCUCGACUGCAUCCCUACAGAGGCAGACUUCCUCUUGGGCAUGGCUACCCUGCAAGAUUAUGUUUCCUACAGAAGCCCAAGGCAGGGGACCUGGUACAUACAGGCUUUGUGCCAGCACUUGGAGUACAGCUGUCCUCGAGGAGAAGAUAUUCUCACCAUCCUGACAGCAGUGAAUCAAGAGGUGAGCAGAAAGAGUGGCAAUCAGAAUGCAGAGAAGCAGAUGCCACAGCCCAGUUUCACACUGAGGAAAAAGCUCAUCUUUCCUGUCAACUAAAUGGGAGGGAACUGAAUGGAAGAGGGAGCUGCAGCAGCCUGGUAUCAGCUAAGAAUUUGGUAAAACGUAACAGACGUGCAGUGGCUGCUCUUCGCACAAGAGCAAAUGUUUUUAUUGAAAAUACAGCCAAGGAGCAAAAGCCUUAAGAAAUUU